CAACAAAAUGACCACAUAUCAGAAUAUUAAAGGCAGCGGCACAAGCAGUGGCAUCAGGAAGUCAACCUCGAGAUUCAGAGGGGUACUUCCACUUGCAAAUCAUAAAUGGGGAUCAAGGAUUUCCUUUGAUUACAAGGCAUACUGGCUCGGAACAUAUAAAAUAGAGGAGGAAGCCGCCAUUGCUUAUGAUCGAGCAGUCCUCAAGUUGCAGAAAGCCAACACUAUCCUCAACUUACCUCACAAAAUCAACACACCUCAGGAGAAAUCAUUCCAGAGUUGGUACUCGGAGAACGAGAUUCUGAAUAUGAUCAAGUACAAAACGUACUCAUCAAGUUUCACCAGUUUUCUUGCACAUCAAUCUCUGGCAAGGAGAACCAUACCAAGCAGCUUACUCAACGCGAGGGGGCUCUCAUAUGAACUGUUAUUUCACCAGGAGCUGAGACAAACAGAUGUGACUAACACCAAAGGGUUCCAAAUCCCAAAGGAAUACGCCCUGCGAUACUUGCCUCUGCUAGGAAGCAAUUCAGGGAAUGGAGCUCAAAUGGGAAGUGACUCGAUUGAUAUAACUUUCUAUGACAGAUAUUAUGCUUCCUGGACUCUCCGGUACUCGUAUUCGGGUCGUAUCCAGGCCUUUUGUUUCACAACAGGAUGGAAACAGUUUGUCACUAUGAAUAACUUGAAUUCUGGAGACACUGUAGUCUUCUAUGGAUGUUAUCAUGUGGAUUAUGCAGGACAGAGGGAGAUGUUCUAUAUGAUAGAUAUACUUCGAAAUACCCCAGGAAACUACAUUGUUGGCAAUGGUGGAGAACAAGGAUUUGGUUCAGAUGGCGCUGAUGGUACUGAAGGAGUGAAUGGAAGUAAUGGGGUCAAGCUUUUUGGAGUCAUAAUUGGUUAA